AUGCGAGCAACUUGUUGGAAGCAACAGUUUCUGAUGAAAUUUCCGGAUUCUAAACGAUUAUUAUUCCUUAAAAGAGGCUUUGGUUCGAUUUUGGUAACCCUGGAAUUUUACAGAACGAUGCCAUUGAGCUAAUGGAUCCUGAAGUGAAAUCCCAGUUUUUCCCAGCUGUCAAUUUCUAUGGCACUUCCAGAAAAAGAAAACGAAUUGAAAAGAAAUUGGACCAAAAAGCUGCCAAGUACUCUGAAGAAAUAAUCCCAAAGAAGUUUCCUACGAGAAUCAUUGGGCCUUCUCCAACAUGGAAGCCGUUCUUCAAACAGUCCGAAGCUUUCUCUUACGUGCGGGCAUUUCCACAAAAGGAUCUUCAUGUGUUUGCUUACGAAAGCAAAUCCUUCGUGUCAGAGGUGCAAGGCCAACGCAUGUUCCUAGCUUCACCUUAUCCUGUCUUUUGGCACUAUUAUAGCCAACUGAAGGAAAGUAAGCGGCACCAUUAUGAGAUCAUUCCAGAAGGUGCUGUCUGUAAGCUCUACUUUGAUGUGGAAUUCUACAGAGAGAACAACCCCACCUUGGAUGGACACAGAGUGUGCGAUCGUUUCAUUGAGUAUGUCUGUGCUUGGAUACGACACCUGUUCAAGGUUCCCUGUGAUUGCAGGUGUGUGCUGCGGUUGGAUGCCAGUACCAGUUCCAAAUACAGUGAACAUUUGAUCUUUAUCCUCAACCAAGCAGCGUUCAAAGACAAUUCGCAUGUCGGUUCGUUUGUUCAGUUUAUCUGUUCUCAUCUUGUAACUUGGUUACGGCAGAACAGAGCAGACUCGGAACAAAGUAAGCCACUGUUACAAGAAGAGCCUACGGUGGUUGACCCGUCUAAAACUCCCUCAGCAACACCAGCAACUAUGAAGGAUAGUUCCUGUUCAAGACAGCAGCAUCUUUCGCCACAAUUACCAGCAUCCACCUCAUCUCCAACACGAAACAUGAACUCCUCAUCUUCUGUUGUCAUAAACGGCCGUGACAUCUUGUGUGAGCCAGGGAAAGUUCUUUCACAAUUUUCUCCGUCAGAUUUAAAAGAAACCGUGGUUUUCGACAAAGAUGGAGAUGAAACUGCAAUCUGUGAUCUUGGUGUCUACUCAAAGAAUCGGAACUUUCGUUUAUUCCUGUCCUCAAAGCUUGGCAAAAAGAAUCCUUUUCUUGUGUCGGAUCAUAAUCAAUACCCUACAGAUCAAUCGGAUCAGCAGAGUUUCUUUUAUGAUUCCCUAAUUGCCAAUGUACAAUACCAUCAGGACCUGAGGAUCUUAACAUUUAGCACUCCUGAUGAAAUAAAGUUGAAACAGAAGAGAUUGUUGGCCGUACAAAAAAAUGAAGAUAACCUCAAAGGAGACUAUUCUUCGAAUCCUUCGCCAUAUCCUGAGAUCGAUGCAUUUAUAAACUCCAUCAUUUCCUCUGAAGGCCGCAAAGGAAGAGUCUUCCGAUGGAUGUAUUUCAGCAAUGAGAAUCUCUUGGGCUAUGACAUCUGCCAGUACCGAUGGUGCGGUAACAUUGGUCGUGAACACCGAAGUAACAACAUCAGACUAAUAGUGGACCUGAAGCAAUGUGUUUAUUAUCAGAAAUGCCACGAUCCAGAUUGCAAACGGAUUAAUUACCGUUCUGAAGAUUAUCUGUUGCCUGACAAUCUACUUCCCUGGCUGAAUGACACCACAUUGGAUGAGGACUUUGAAGACAGCCUCUUGGUUGAUGCUUUGGAAAGCCAGGAAAAAAUCGAUGAUUCCCUCUUGGUCGAAGCUGUAGAAGUGAUGGAGGGGAAGCAAGAAGUGACCGACCUGUCGAUGGAUGCUGACGACGAUGAGGAGGACCGACGUUUGUUGGUCGCUGCAGAAGAGAUGGAGAAAGAUUACGGUGCCUUACCCCACAUGGUGUAGAAUGGGGCUGAACCAAGAGAGGUAAAUUGUAAGAGAGCAGCUGUUUAUAUAUUGAUGCAAUGCAGGUAACAUAACAGAAGGGACAAAGCUGUAUAUGAGCUUAUUUUUUAGCCAGUUUUGUUGAAGGUUAUGUCAAAAUUAAUAUAUCAUCACCUGGAUGAAGGGAUUUUAAAAUCUUAUUGUGGGGGACCCUAUAUCUUACUCUUGUAGGAAAUGGGUUUUGUCUGAAGCAUUUCCAGGUGUUGAUCUUCUGUUUGGUACUCUCUGAAAGAAUUUGUUGAAAUAUUGAGAAAUAUGAGUUUGAAGUUGCUGAUGGUGUGUUACUAACACUAUAGUGCC